AAAACAAACUGCAGACACCCUACGGUACUUCCUCACCCUGCAUCAGUUGAGUUUCCCCGCGGCUCCUCGUCAGCUCACCGUGCGUAAAUUACCCACAAGUCGAGUUGCGCCUCUUUUGAGUCAAACUGUUGGAUUGCGCGCCGGGUUGUUGCGCAUAGUACCACCAGGAGCCACUGGCAACACCUCCGACCAGCUACUACUUUGAUUUUUUUUUUUUUUUUUUUAAUCAAAUGGGGGGAGCAGACUGCACCAGGGAGAGCCAAACGCCGACAGCACUUUGAACAGGCAAGGCUUCAGGAGCCGUCAUGUUCUAGUGACAGACGGCAGUUGUAGAGCAGAGAAGAAACUGUAACACAGUGACAAACAUGAGCGGCGGAGAGAUCCUCUUCCAAGGCUGGUUGAGAAAGUCACCGCCGGAGAAAAAACUGAGGAGAUAUGCAUGGAAGAAACGCUGGUUCAUACUUCGCAGCGGCCGCAUGAGCGGUGACCCCGAUGUUCUUGAGUACUACAAGAACGACCACUCCAAGAAGCCCAUCCGAGUCAUCGACCUGCACUGCUGUGAGCAGGUGGACGCCGGCCUGACCUUUAAGAGGAAGGAGUUCCAGGACAGUUUUGUUUUUGACAUCAAGACCUCAGACCGCACUUUUUAUCUCGUAGCUGAGACUGAGGAGGAGAUGAACAAGUGGGUCCGCUCCAUCUGCCAGCUGUGUGGGUUCAACCAGUCAGACGACAACCACGAUGGCAGGUUGCACCAUAUGCCGCGUUCUGUCGGAGCAGAUGUCCCGGGAUCAAUGGCUCCUCUGACCGGAGAACGCAAGCCCUCUGCCCCCAUCCACUCCAGCCAGCCAGUCCUCUUCACCUUCGACGUGCCUGUCCGCCACUCACACCACGGCUCCCUGUCCAACAGCGCACCCCAGGACUACCUCCUCCUUCACCAGUGCAUGAGCAGGAAGACAGAGAGUGCACGGAGUGCCAGCUUUUCCCAGGUCUCGCGAAGCAAUCUGUUGAUGGGGAGCGACUCUGCGGUGCAGAAACUCUCCCAUGGCUUCUCCCACUGUCUGAACGGCAUGGGCGCUCAGCUGCAUGGCUUCUACAGCCUCCCGAAACCAGGGAAGCACCAGUCGCCGCUGCACGACGACUCCCCCCAGGAGGCCUGCUACGUGCUGCCGAGGGGUUACAGCUCCGAGGCCCCUGCUCACAGCGCUCUGGGUGAGCCCGAGCUCGAAAGCGAAGAGAUUUACACCUUCAAAAUGCCUUGCAACACCCUCGCCACCAUGCACAACAACGAGCGUCCAACUGACAAUUACGACCUUCCCACGACGCCUGGCUCUUUCUACCAGAUCCCCCGGACGUUUGAUAAGAAUCACAAUGCCUUGACGCCCUCCAGCUCGGAAUCCUCCUGUGCUCCUCCGCCAAGGCCCCCAAAACCCAGUCAGGGCUCAGAGGGCCAGUGGGGGAGUCCCCAGUCAGUGGGGAGCCAGAACGGAGAUGUGACCGCAGUGUCAGUUAUCCCUCGCAGGAAUACUCUCCCUGCUGUCGAGAACAUCAGGCUGCACAGAGGCUCCUCCUUUGAAACUAACAGCCAUCACCGUCCCAUCCAUUUCAGUAACUCAGGCCAGUCUGUGGAGUCUGUCAAUGACGGGUUCAGCUCCUACCUGAGAACCAGAGCCCCUCUGACACGGUCGGACAGCGGCAACUCGGAUGACAACUAUGUGCCCAUGAAUCCUGGCUCCUCGCCGCUAAGCGCCGCCCAGGCUGACAGUCCGAAGAAUAUCUACAUCCCAAUGAGCCCCGGGCCACAUCACUUUGAUUUCCCGGGAUUCUCCGCAACAUUACCUGCCCGCAAGGGGAGCAGUGCCUCCCUGUGUCACCGGCCCAGCCGCCUCAGCGAUGUCACCCCGCCGCCCAUCAAUCGUAACCUCAAACCUAACAGGAAAUCAAAACCAACGCCUCUUGAUUUGAAGAACAAUGGGAUCAUUGAUGAGCUGCCAUUUAAGAGCCCAGUCACCAUGUCCUGGACACGACCUAUGCCCGCUAUGAACUCCAUGUCCUCUCAGCAUUGUCGACCAAUCUCUACACAAAGCAUCACCAGCACUGACUCUGCAGACAGUGAAGAGAAUUAUGUAGCUAUGAACCCAGCGUCUACCUCCCCAGCCGUGAGUGGCACCAGCAGCCCGGCCCCUAGGAAAUGUGGCAACGUGGACUACCUAGCGUUGGACUUCCAGCCUGGGUCACCCAGCCCGCACAGAAAACCCUCUACAUCCUCUGUGACCUCUGAUGAGAAGGUGGACUAUGUGCAAGUGGACAAGGAGAAGACCCAGGCACUGCAGAGCACCAUGCAGGAGUGGACCGACGUGCGGCAGUCCACUGAGCCUGCGAAGGGAGUCAAAUCCUGACACUGACCCGUGCAAACAAAAGAAAAUGGAAGACAAAAAGACACUUUUAAGUGAAGCAUCUCUGGUGUCACGUUUCUAUCAUAACUACGAUGACCGGUUGGCCUUGUUAAGAGACUGAAAUAUUUGAACACAAAGCCAUGCAACCUAUCCUAUGCCUGAUCUCUGUGACGAUUUUUAAUGCGGUCUCGUGCUAACAUGCGGAAUAUCAGGCCAUACAGGAGAAGUGCCCUGCCAAAAGCUCUUCACGCAGACUGUUAGAGCAUUAAACGGAGAAAUGUUCAAUUAACGUGUAUGAAAAUAUCAUUCCGACUCGUCAUUCCAUCCUGAAGAAAUAACCACGUGUGUCAUGAAAGCUGUCUGACUUUGGCCCCCUUUAAGAGUCAAACAUUUUUGUGCAUCCAGCAGGUUAUUUACCCCCUUGCUGCCGUUUAAAAAGAGAAGCAGAGGCUAACUGGUCGAUAACCUUAUUAAUACACUGUAAGAGUACGCUGACUGGUCUCAGCAAUGCCAAGAUGCACUCCAAUUUUGGCAUGCAGGCAGACUUUCUCUUUUCACUUCAAUCCAUCAUUUGUGCUGAGUCUUGCAGAAGCAGUGAAGAGAUUAUUUUCACUGCGGGCAAUAAUUUCAGUUUAGCAGUGCAUGUCUGGUAAGAGAAGUGGGGGCGGGGGGUGUGUGUGUGUGGGGGGGGGGGCAACGCUGCCUUAACACAUACAUAAAGGCCCAUGUCAGAAGCCCUAAUGAUUACUUUACAUGGUGGUUGCCCCUGUUUCAAUUAAGUGUGAGCCCACACCAUAUUUAAAAAGCUGUCAGGCUGGAAGGCAGGCCGAUUGUUUCAGCGCAGGUAAAAAAAAAAAGCCUUGCAACGUCGAAAAUGUUCAAAAUGAAGUAAACACGACAGAAGACAGGAAAAAGCUUCUUGUAUCUAUGUAGGUUUGACUAUAGAGGUCAAUUCACUUCAGGUAAUAUCUUAAUACAUUUCAUUGUUAAUGUGCACUGACCAAGAAAACAGAAAUAAAGCACGAGGUGUUCUUUUCCAAGGAGUUUAGUUAUCCACCUUCUGUUCUCUGUAUCCCGUAGAGACCGUAAACACAAGCUAAGUAGGAGCAGAAUAGCAUAUUUAUGUUUUCUGGAACUCCACCAUUUGCUGAUGUAUGUCUUUGCUCUUUGAUAUGCCACACACUACAGCGAAGUCUCUGAGGAGUAAUUGUUUCCUGUAUGUAAAUUAUUAAUAGAAUGACAUAUUUGCAGCGCAUCUUGUUGACUGUUAGAAAUCUGAUGCACUUGUCUGAGACAAAAAAAAAAAAAGUGCACUACAGUGGUGUACAAAAUGUGCUUUUCUUGCAAAGGCAACCUGCCACAAUGAAGAUUUGCCGGUGAUCCUUGUCACGCAAAAUGAGUUUGAGAAUGGAUGUUUGUCUUCAUGUUCCUGAACUGUUCUGUUUCGUUUCAUUUGCCUUAUAUUUUCAUGUCAGUUGAGAUGUACAUUUUGCCUUGGAAAUAUUAUUCCCAACAGGAGCCAUAUUGUAUUUAGGAAAACUGAAUGUUCAGUUUCUAGCUCAACCUAAGUCCAGUAUUUCACUGUGGGCUGGAACCACUGAAAGGGUGAACCCCUUUGAUCUUAAUAUGAAAAGUGUGGCCAUGCAGUUCUAGAUGGUGUUAUUGAUUAUUCUGUUGAGAUUACCGACUUAAUGUUUUUCUACCAUUUUUACAGUUUUUUGUAUUCUUUUUAUGAUUCUUUUCUACUGAUAGGUGUAAGCAAGAGAUAUCCCCAAGGGUCAGGUCAGACUAAAUUAAGCUACGUUUGUUACAUCUUGUAUUUUAUUUCCUUUUUUUUUUUUCUUUCUUUUUUUUUUUUUUUUUUUCAAAUUUCCAGGUUGAAUUUUGUGAUCUAGUCAUGAAACGGGAAGGCUGGUAGUUUGAGUCGCACUGGCAAAGCCUUCCUGCGUGGACUGUGAUUCACAAAGAGUGAGAGAGGGAAGAAAAGACUGAAGAAAAGCCUGUCUCCUCGUCAGUCUCUGAAGUGAAAUGGAUGUGUAAUUUAUGAUCUAGGGAGACCUGUCGUAAGCAGAAGAGCUGUGUAUGUGUUGUGGUAGAUUGUGAGUUUUUAGUAUGUUCAAUGACAGCUUGACUGGGCCAGAUUGAAAACACUGCUCAGAUCUACUGUCAGACUGUCACUGGGUUGACGUACUGUACUAGUUGAUAUCGUUGUUGUUGUUUUUUUACCACUGAUAUUGCUACUACUGUAAAGCAUUUUGCAGAUUGCCUGUGUGUUAAUUUAUUAAUUUAUUGUGCGUUUUGGAGUUGAUUCUUGUAAAAAGGAAAACAAAAACCAAAUAAGGAAAACCUUCUCUCUACUAACAUUGAUGUAUGCAAGCUGUCUUGAUUUGUGUGAAGCAAUAUUACAAAAGAUGCCGGAGUGAUGGUGAUGUGGUACAGUUCAUUUGGGAUACACAAGAAAACAAUACUUUGUUCUUCCUGUAUAAUGGUAGACUAAAAAACCUGUGGACAUAGAAUAAAUCAAGAAGUGAA